AUGGAUCCAAUAUCUCAAUCUGAUAUUAAAAGGAGUUUCAUUUGUGCUAAUGAUGAGAUCAAAGUAACACAAACUACCUUGCCGAAUUACCAAAAUUCAAUGUAUACUAGCAGAUUAAUAAACACCAAGGAGAUCAAACUAGCGUAUGAAUCAACUAAAUUCCGAGGGAGAAACGGCUUUUCUAUAGUCGGGCGGAUUAUUGAACAAGAUGAUUUUUACAAGUAUGAUAAUAUUAAGGACGAUGAUAAUCAGG